CAACAUAGUUGUCGAAAGAAUCCACUUGGUUAGGAGGAGAAGCACUUGUGUUCCUUGGCUCGGAACCUCUCUAUUCCCACCACCAAUUUUUUUGCGUGCGUAUUUAUUGUCUAUGUUUUGAUGACAGCUUCAUAGUUAAUUUUUCUUAUCUGUGUCGCAAACACCGACGAGAAAGCUAACAAUCAAUUAAUUUAUCGGUUUUCACUGAAAUAACACUUUUUCUGAGAUGAAUGGUGGCUAAAAUCCGCUGAAGAUGUCGGAGAUUUGUGCGUUUUGUUUGUCGAAAGACAGAAACAUAUCUCCGGUGCUGGACAAACACUGGUUCACGUUUCACUCCAUACUUGAAUGUGAAGAUGCUCAGUACAUGAAGUUCCUUCAGUCAGAAUGUCUGCUGAAGUUCUGCUGGGAGUGUCGGUUCAGGGUGGAAUCCUUCUCCGAGUUCGUGCACAACGCGCAGAGAUGCGUGCGGAUACUGAAGCAGUACUGGACUUGUCCUGCCAUGUACCCACCAACAAACUCCAAGUUAUCUUGCACUCAAGUGGACCUACUUGAAUACCCGCCGUUUGCCGUGCUGAGUGAACCAGGGGACGCUGCACCGAUGGCAGCGAGACAGCAUGAAGAGCAUAAUGAUAUCUUCAAGAUUGUCAAAGAGGAGAAAGAAUCACAGACCACAGACACAAAACACCCCGCACCAGCCAGCACGAGCCUCGUAAAACUAGAGCAGCACUCCGACACAGAGUACCCUGAGGCUGGCGGUGACACAGAGUACCCAGAGGCUGGUGGGAGUGACUCGGAUGUGGGCGAGAUGGAUGUGACUGUUGGAGAGCUGAUCCGGAGGGCGAGGGAGGCUAAGAAGAAGAGUAAGACUAAAGUAACCAGAAAAGUGAACUCUAAAUACUACUCACUAGAGACGGUUUCCGAAGAACAAGCGUUGCAAUGGUACCUUGAGGAGAGCAAACAUAAUGAAGUGAAGACUGAUAUUAGUGAUGCUUUUGAUGAGGUUGCCACUCCCCACAAGUGCACUAUUUGCAAACAAGGAUUUGAAACCGAGUGCGUUCUAAAGCAACAUUCGGAAUCUCACUACACGUUUUACAAGUGUAAUAUAUGUCAAUAUGAAACUAGAGAACUGAGUGAUAUCAAAUUGCAUAAAAAGACUGAACAUGGAAAGAGUCGAAAUGGAAUGGUAAAUGAUAAUGGCAGCGAUAUAGAAAAUCAACAGAAAGAUUCAAAGACACGUGAAUGUAAAAAGUGCGGAGCUACUUUUGGGAGCCUGCCCCUACUGCGCAAGCACCGCGCGGCGUGCACGGUGUUCAAGUGCGACUUCUGCGACAAGUCGUUCACACAUAGGACGUCCAAGUACUCGCAUAUGGACCUCCACCACAAGCCGCUGCCGGAAGUGGAGUGUCAAAUAUGCAAGAAGAGAUUUAAGAACAAGUACGCCAUCAAGUCACACCUGCAGAAGCACCGCAAGGAGUCCCGCGGCGCCCUUUACUACUGCGCAGCGUGCGGCGUCGACUACCGCACGGCCAUACUGUUCCGACAGCACUUCUACAGGAACAUGCGGCCCGGCGCGCAGCAUAGAAACGAAUGCUUCCACUGCGACAUAAGAUUCCAGACUCCCAAACGCCUCCAAGAGCACAUCUCAACAACCCACAUGAAGCGAGGAGUCUACAAGUGCUCGCACUGCUUCAAGAGUUACAUGCAGAAGAAGGCGCUAGAGUUGCACGUGACGACCAAACACAGCCGAGAGGUUAAGAAGACGAGGGAUAAAAUAUGCGAUGUGUGUGGGAAAGGAUUUACGUCGACCACCAUCCUCAAGAACCACAUGCGCUCGCACACGGGCGAGCGGCCGUACCGCUGUGAGCUGUGCCCGGCGCGGUUCGGCCACACGGGCAGUUUGUACACGCAUGUGAAACUCGUGCACAAGAAACGCGGAGUCAGCAAGGAGGGCGGCAUUGAUGCGGUUAUGUUUCAAUGCACGGCGUGCACCAAGGAGUUUGUGUCGGAGUCGCGCCUCAAGAGCCACUACGAUUUCUUCCACUUGAAGAAGUCAGAGUUCACUUGCGAGAUCUGCAAUAAGAUCUUCAUAUCGGCGUGGAACCUGAAGAACCACCGCACGAUGCUGCACGGCAUCAACCGCACGCGGAGCUUCCCCUGCAGCGUGUGCGGGAAGGAGUUCUUUAGAGUGGACGCGCUGAAAUCUCACAAACUAAUACACUCAGAAGAACGAACGUUCAUGUGUUCCGAAUGCGGCAAGACGUUCAAGCAACAAGCGGCCUUAUAUACACACAACAAGCUGGUACAUAAGGGCAUCAAACGACCGCCGGCUAAAAGCAACUGCAAGCGAAGCAAGAAGGUUGAAAAUCCUGUGAUGAAUGAAUGAGUUAAAACUGGUUUCAGUUAAGUAUUUUUAAAUCUCAGCUACUAUAUCUUGUUUCACGGGGAAAGACAUCUGACAGGACCCUUAUUACAUUCGAAUAAGGGUAGUUUUUGUUUGUAUCAGAUGUCUUUCUCCGUGAAACAAGGUAUAAAUUUACAGAUUCGAAACGGUUCAUCAAUAGUCGAUUUUCUCGCAAUUAAGUGACGUAUCGUUCUAUUGGCGGGACAAUCGACUGUUGAUGAGCCGUACAUAAUCUGUCAAUUUAGUAUCUGAGAUAAAAAAAACAGACUAUAGUAUUGAUACUAAAAGUUAGCGCACAAAUAUGUAAUGUAAAAGAUUGCCAAUGGAAUCCUGUGUACUUAGUUAGAAGCAAAGUUUAGUAAACCGGUACAAUGCUACUCAUAAAGUAAUAAAACUUAUUUAGGUAUAUUAACUCAUUUGUAGCUAUAGAUUGCGUAUUACAUACAGUAGAACUAAAUAAGAAAAAUAAGGCUGAUAAUAUACAUAUUGUAAACAUGAUUUAUUACAAACAUGUGUGAAGUCGUAUUUUUUUAGUAGUUUUCGUUGCUUUUAAUCUAAUAUUGUAAUGUAUUCCUCAGAAAUUAGAUUAACCACUCUUGAAAGGCAAUGUAUUGCGUCUCUCUUCGCGUCAGACGCAAUACAUUGCCUUUCAAGAGUAGGGGGGCAGGAAAAAAAAAUCUAACUGUGAUAGUAUAAUUGUGGAAGUUAGGCAAAUAUCACUGUAUGAAUCACAAAAAAAUAUGAAACAUUUUUAUAAGACUGUCAUCAAUUAGAUAAAAGUUUUAUCAUAGAUUCCAGCAGGUUUAACAACUAAAUAACAUUUAAAUAAUAUUAUACAC